CUUCCUUGACUCUGUUGGUCUCAGCAAUAAAUGACCCACAACAGGCUUUCAUCUAACCUCCAUAAAUUUUAACACCAAAUACAAUUUAAAAAUGAAAUGGGUCCAUCACUGAGCGAAACGCUACAAAUCCAUUACACCCAGGAUCUACCAUUCCCAUAAUAAAAUCUGCCGAUUUUUAAAAGUGUAUUAACCCAUCACAGAUCGAAUACAUUACAGCCAUUUUACCACUGAGGGUGAGGGAAACAGCAGAGCAGUCAUCUAUCUCAACUAUUUCUGUCUCAAAGUGAAAGGAGCAAGGACCCAUCUCUGCAAAUCCACGUUUCUGUUUUAUGGAAUGAGGAGUUUCUGAAGACUGCUCAUCAUAUCGCUCCAUGGUUUUCUGAUUUCUAGCUUAAUUGGGCGGUUUUGUGUUACUUCAGGUGCGUUUUCAGCUCUGGGUUUCAUGUAACUUGAGUAGAAAUGCUGACUUGUCUUGACUCUUGAAUACAGAUGACAUACUACCUGUAGUAUUUCUAUCAUUUUCAUUAGGCACAAGUUCCUUCUUUUCAAUUUGUCAGUUACGCGUCUCUAUCUCUAGGCCUGUAAAUUGGGGUUAGAGUCUUGAAGAGUACAGAAGAUUUGAUUUCAAAAGCUGAAAAUUUUAUCCAUGGUCUCUUUUUCUUUCUCCUUCAAUUUGUUUUCUUCUGGUCUUUUGGGGGUGUGAUGUUAUGUUCUUUAGAGGUGCUCAAUUUUCUUCUUCAGCCCCCUGCGCUUUUUGAUUGAUCUAUCCCCUGUAUAAUUCCUGUUAUAGCUAUGGAAACUCGGGUUUGCAUCUAUUGUCUUGGGCCCCUGUUUCUAUUCUUUUCUCUUUUAUCUGGGACCUCCAACGCCAGCCUGCAGAGUGUUGGCCAAAUGAGUCUGGGUUCUCAAGGGUCUCAGAUGAAUUUUAUCGACAACGGUGGAUGGUUUCUUGUGUCCAACAACUCGAAUUUUGCUUUCGGCUUCACACCUACGGCCGAUCCUAGUCUGUUUUUGCUGGUUAUCCAACACAUGGGCAGUGGAACAGUAGUCUGGACUGCCAACCGAGGCUCACCAGUUAGAAAUUCUGAUAUGUUCGUGUUUGGUGUCGACGGGAAUGCGCAUUUGGAAAGUGGGGGAAGCACGGUCUGGUCUACAGAUACCGCCGAUAAAGGUGUUACUGCUAUGGAGUUGCAGAAUUCAGGCAACUUGGUUUUGCUUGGGAAAGAUGGUAACCCUCUUUGGAGUAGUUUUAGCCAUCCCACGAAUACACUAUUAUCUGGUCAGGAUUUCCUUGAAGGAAUGAAACUCAUAAGCGACCCUAGCAGCUCCAGUAACUUGAGCUAUUAUCUCGAAAUUAGCUCGGGAGAUUUGAUUCUCUAUGCGGGUUUCCGAACUCCACAACCUUAUUGGUCUCUCACAAAGGACAGGCGAGCAACCAUCAACAAAAAUGGUGGAGAAGUCAGUUCGGCAUCUUUGAAUUCCAAUUCAUGGAAGUUCUAUGAUCAAAACAAGAUCCUUCUCUCUCAAUUUAUCUUCUCAUCAAUCGAUGCCAAUCCAAACAGCACCUCGGCUGCAGUUCUAAAUAGCUAUGGGACAAUAUCAUUUUACUUUCUUCAGGACGGAGGUCCAAGCCCUUCAACGACAAAGAUACCUCAGGAUUUGUGCAGCACACCUGAGCCUUGUAAUCCUUAUUACGUCUGUUCCAACGACAACAAUUGCCAGUGCCCUGCUGUUCUUAGCUCUCGUGGUUGCAAGCUUGGGAAUUUCUCUUCAUGUGAUGUCUCAAAGGAUUUGGUGGAACUUGUAAACGUUGGGGAUAGACUCAACUAUUUUGCUCUUCAGUUUGUUUCCCCCAUCUCCAAAUCUGAUCUAGAAGGUUGCAAAGCUGCAUGCCUUAAAAAUUGCUCCUGUCUUGCUUUGUUCUUUGAUACUAGUUCUAGGAAUUGUUUUUUGUUUGACCAGAUAGGUAGUUUGCAAGCAUCUGAUCAGAGCUUCAGUGGAUACAUUUCUUUCAUCAAAGCUCCAAGUAAUGGAAACCAGGGGCCAAACCCCGCUGGGGAUGGAAGCAGUGGCAGCCAUAAACACUUGCAAAUUGUUGUGGCCAUUGCUGUUGCAACAGUGGUAAUUAUAGUUGGCCUACUAUAUCUGGGAAUCCAAUACAUCCGGAAAAAGAAGACAUUACCACAGGCUACCCAAGAGUCGGAGGAGGAGGAUAAUUUCCUGGAGAGUUUAUCAGGGAUGCCGAUCCGCUUCAGUUACCAGGAUCUUCAAACGGCUACCAAUAAUUUCUCUGUGAAACUUGGUCAUGGUGGGUUUGGCUCAGUCUACCAAGGGAUGCUACAAGAUGGGACUCGAUUAGCAGUGAAGAAACUGGAGGGCAUUGGUCAGGGGAAGAAAGAGUUCCGAGCUGAAGUUAGCAUCAUAGGCAGCAUCCACCAUGUCCAUUUGGUCAAGCUCAAGGGCUUUUGUGCUGAGGGGACCCACCGGCUUCUUGCCUAUGAAUACAUGGCAAAAGGUUCUCUGGAUAGAUGGAUUUUCAAGAACAAUAGAGGUGAACAUGUAUUGGAUUGGGAAACAAGGUUCAAUAUAGCUCUAGCGACGGCAAAAGGAUUGGCUUACCUCCAUGAGGAUUGUGAUGCAAAGAUUGUUCAUUGUGACAUAAAGCCUGAAAAUGUGCUUAUUGAUGAUAAUUUCAUAGCAAAGGUCUCUGAUUUUGGUUUAGCUAAGCUGAUGACCAGGGAACAGAGUCAUGUUUUCACGACAUUAAGGGGUACCAGGGGUUACCUGGCACCUGAAUGGAUCACAAACUAUGCAAUAUCAGAGAAGAGUGAUGUGUACAGUUAUGGAAUGGUCUUGCUUGAGAUCAUUGGGGGAAGGAAAAAUUUUGAUCCAGCAGAGAAUUCAGAGAAAGCCCAUUUCCCCUCCUAUGCCUUCAAGAUGAUGGAGGAAGGGAAACUUAAAGAAAUUCUUGACUCAAAGCUAACAGCUGAGGAGGAGGAUGAGAGAGUUGAUAUUGCAAUUAAGGUUGCCUUGUGGUGUAUACAGGAGGAUAUGCACCAAAGACCGUCCAUGACUAAAGUAGUCCAAAUGCUUGAAGGUCUCUGUGUUGUACCUCAGCCCCCCACUUCUUCUCAGUUGGGGUCCCGUCUGUACUCAAGUCUGUUCAAGUCAAUAAGUGAGGGUACUUCAUCAGGACCAUCUGAUUGCAAUAGUGAUGCAUACCUUUCGGCUGUGAGGCUAUCAGGGCCAAGAUAACAGAGGUUGUUUACAAAAAUAAAAGAAAAAGAUAGACAAAAGGUGAAAAAAAAGAGCUGCUUCAUCAAAACUCAGAUCUUCCAAGAAAGAAUUAAACUUAGCUGCAGAGGUUUCAUAUUUACUUUCAUAUAGCUAAUAUUCAUUGUGUCAUAAAAUCCCAAGUUUUGUACUACUAGCCAUUACAAAAGAUUCAUUUCUUGUGGUGGAAUCUAUUUUAUUUCUCAUCA